GAAGUCUGCGACCAGUUAGUACUGUUUCAACUUUCUACCACGAAGAACGUUGUACGCCGAUUAACUGUUGAACUUAUUCUUUGGUUGUGCAUUCAUUUUGGAUGCACAGUUCAAUAUUCAACUUUAAAACAUAAAUAGCUCUAGUUUAUUUCUUUUUCCAAAAAGAAGAGUGUAUUUGCUUGACUUAACAGGUACAUAUUUUUCCCAUUUGUUGGAUUUACCUAUGUGUGUUUAAAAGAAAUUGUGCGUCUGGGAUGCUGCUAUUCACGUUUCAAUUUUCAUAGGCAAAUGUCGCAUAUAAAAAAAUGAGUGAUUGUCGGUGCCAUUUUCGAAACAAUUAUUUUAAAAAAUAUUUUAAUUUAUGUUUACUUGGUCUGAAUUGUUUCUAUGUCUGCACAUGUCGCAACUGAAAUGGCCGAAAAUGGUUUUAGUUUUGUGUGCGUGUGUAUUGGUUUAUACAGAACUUAUGUUACUAACAAGACAUUCUGUAGAAGGUGAUGAUGCUAACUCAAAUAUUCGUUCGAUUGUAUGAGUUAGUUUUUUUUUCCAACACUGCGUGUGAAAGAAAGUCGACGAUCGACUCUUUGUGCUGAGUCAACAACGCAUGAAUGCAACAAUCUCUUGAAAAUCAGUAAAUAGUUUUGGAUUACAUACAAAAUUCGUUCGAUCACUCUCAAUAAUAAUUAUAUUUCUAGAAGUGUACAUCUUUUAAACUAUGUCGGUGUUUGGACUUUUAUCCGGCGUUGCCGGUUUCGUCAAGGUUCGCUAUUUGAUUGACAAAGCGAUUAUCGAUAAUAUGAUCUUUCGCUGCCACUAUCGCAUCACCAGCGCAAUAUUGUUCGUUUGUUGCAUCAUUGUCACCGCCAACAAUUUAAUUGGCGACCCAAUUGCCUGUAUAAAUGACGGUGCGGUACCAAACCAUGUCAUCAAUACAUACUGCUGGAUUACGUACACUUUCACACUUCCUGGACAACAUGGCAAGCAUGUUGGAACCGAAGUGGCACAGAGCGGUUUAGGAAACGACAAUCAGGAAAAAGUAUUUCAUAGCUACUAUCAGUGGGUGCCUUUUACACUGUUUUUCCAAGGUUGCCUGUUUUAUGUUCCUCAUUACAUUUGGAAAAAUAUUGAAGACGGCAAAGUAGGUUUGAUCUCACAAGGAAUUCGAGGCAUGUUCGCUCUACCACCAAAAGAACGUGUAAGCCGUCAAAAACGUUUGGUCAAUUAUAUAUUGGAAAGUUUGCGAACACAUAACGGUUACUCAUUUGGAUAUUUCUUCUGCGAAAUUCUGAACUUGGCCAAUGUCAUCGCAAACAUAAUUUUCAUCGACAAAUUUUUGGGUGGCACAUUCCUCACUUAUGGCACGGACGUCAUAAACUUUUCAAAUAUGAACCAGGAGAAUCGAAGCGAUCCGAUGCUUGAGGUUUUCCCACGAAUUACGAAAUGCACAUUCCACAAAUACGGAGCAUCUGGCAGUAUUCAGAAACAUGAUGCGUUGUGUGUUUUGGCUUUGAAUAUUCUAAAUGAGAAAAUCUAUAUUUUCUUAUGGUUCUGGUUUAUCAUUUUGGCGGCUUUGUCUGCGUGCGCCAUUCUUUACUCGGCUUUGGUAGUUAUGUUGCCAACAACUCGUGAAGCAAUCAUCAAGAGACGAUUCCGUAAUGGAACAACGAAUGAAGUCGAGGGUUUGAUUGCCAACAUUCAGGUUGGUGACUUCUUACUGCUACAUUUGCUUGGACAAAACAUAAGCGUGAAUGCAUUCUCAGAAAUACUACGUGAAUUGUGUAAUCGUUUGAGUUCCUCAACACCGUCCGCACCGUCACCAAUGGAAAUGGCACCGUUCUACAGUUCGGCUUUGGAAAAUGAGAAGGAGACUAUGACAUAAAAGUCAGAUCGAAUUUAAACUGCAAUGACAAACAAUAUUAUAACCCUAAUUUUUUUUAAAAAACAUUUUUUCAAAUAAAUGAGCAAGAGUAGCUCAGAUUUCCAUCAGUUUGAUCAAUCUUCAUAGACAUUCCGUUUCGAAACAAAUGAUUAUAUCACAUCACAUAUGAUAUAUACAUGAAUAACAGAGACAAUAAAUUUUCACCAAACACAGCAUUUUUUUAAACAUUUAAGUGGAUGAGUCAUCACGUGAUAGUGCAAAUAUGAAGAUAAUCAAGCUGAAGAGUAAACUAGAUUUAAAUUUGAUGACAAAAUUUUUCGAUUCUCAUUUUUUUCUUCCGGUAGCAUUAAAAUAAAGAGUUGAUCGCAACAAAUUUAACAAAGAAUUAACUCUCAUUGAUUAAUUGAGUUUGUGCAUUGAACAAGUCACUGAACAACUUCUUACCAUAUCAUGGCAUAUGGCUUAAUUCAGUGACAUAUCACAUUCUACGUGGGCGUAUCACAUUGACUUUCAUUUCAAUAUUCAUUUACUCUUAGAUAUUCUACCAUUCAUUCUUUCAAAAAUCAUUUAUCCGAAUUCUACUUAAAAAUAACUAUCUUUGACAAUGUCCGCAAGUUAAUGAAUGAUAAAUCAAAAUUAUGACUUUAGACCUAUUGAAUAGAACAACAAAUGUAGAAUGUUUUUCUUCAACAAUAAUAAAAUUUAUAUUAUAAA